GCUAACCUGUAAUGUGUAUGCUAUCAAGUUUUACGGGUGAUAAAGAUAAACCUUCCUGGCUAGGCCGAAUUCACCUACAACACUCUCAGAGCAUUUCAAAGGUGUCACGUUACCGAGGUCUACAAUGGGUACAGUCCUACAGGUGGUAGAGGCGGCUGUUCUCGCCUUCAUCAUUUGGAAGGUCGUCAACUUCCUGCUGUGGUACCGACGGGUGUGUGCCAUUUCUAAGGUAGUGACCCCUAUCGGACCGACUCACUGGUUCUGGGGUAACCUACACAAUUUUAAAAAUUUCAAGGAGUUCCACAAGCUGAUGUUUGAAGUGCUGGAUAAGUCCAAACCGCGGGUUGUUGUUUUUUGGCGAUUGUUCUUUAGUCCUAUUUUCAUGUGUGUUCACCCGGACACCACACGAGUCAUAUUCAAGUCCUCCGAACCCAAACCACGAGACAGAAUGUCCAUCUACCAGCAGAUAGUGCCUUGGAUAGGUGAAGGCCUCCUGGUUAGUAACGGUAAGAAGUGGGAGAGGAACAGGCGACUCCUCACGCUGGCUUUUCACUUUGACGUGUUACGCCCCUACGUCAAAAUAUACAACAGAGUUGCUGACGAUCUUCUGAAAAACCUUGCCAAAGACUCUAAGGAUGGCAAAAGCAUUGAGAUAUACGAGACAGUUGGUCUCGCCACACUCGACACAAUGUUACGAUGUGCGUUUUCCUACGACGGACGUGUCCAAAAGCAGGGGGACACCCAUCCGUAUGUAUUGGCGGUCCGAAAUAUGACAAAGUUGGCCUCGGAAAGAAUUCUAAAACCUUGGCUUCAGUGGUACUGGGUUUUCCGUCUGACGCAUGCGGGAAAGGAAUUUGUUCGACUUGCAUGUUUCGUUCACGAAUUUGCUGAAAGCCUUAUUGCCAAAAGAAGAAAGGAUUUGGAAACAGACCCAGCACUUUUAGAGAAGAGGUAUUUGGACUUCCUAGACAUUCUAGUGACAGCUAAAGACGAGCACGGAACUGGGUUAUCUGACCUUGAUAUACGUCAUGAAUGUGAUACUUUCCUGUUUGAAGGUCACGAUACGACGUCAUCAGGUCUUAGUUGGGCCAUCUACUGCUUGGCUCGCUACCCGAACUACCAACAGAUAGUGUUUAAUGAACUACAAGAAGUCAUGGGGGAUAGGACUGAUGUUGAAUGGAGUGACCUUGCGAACACCCCGAAGCUAGCACUGUUUCUGAAGGAAGUUCUUAGGAUGUAUACACCGGUGCCAGGUGUGAAUCGUGUGCUGACAAUUCCUGCUGAAAUAGACGGAAAUGUAUACCCGGCAGGCACUGAGAUGAGUGUCAGUUUGAGGAGUACGCACUACCAUCCGGACGUCUGGGAAGACACGAAGACUUUCAAGCCCGAGAGGUUUCUGGAGGAUAACUCAGGAGGAAGAGAUCCUUUCAGUUAUGUACCUUUUUCUGCGGGACCAAGAAAUUGCAUCGGCCAGAAUUUUGCAAUGAAUGAAAUGAAGGUGGUCAUUUCAAGAGUUAUACGAAGAUUUAAGAUUGUGUUUGAUCCAAAUCAUGAAGCAACCCCAUUCACCCAACUGAUACUCAGGGCGGAGCACGGAAUCAAAGUUUACUUGGAGAACCGAUGACAUCAAUAUGCAAUUGUAAUUAUUAUUCGUCUAUGUACAAUUUUUUUAUUGUUGUUGUUUAAAAAAAAAGGGGGGGGGGGGUCAUUUUGUUAACAUCUGUUACAGCCGGAAAAAGACAAAUAAAAAACAGUUAGGAACAUUUUUAAGUUUAUCUGUGUUAAUGAUAUAAUUUUGAAGUUGAUGUAUGAAUUUGUAUAAAACAGUUGUUUAAAAAAUGAAAAAAUUGUAAUACAUAAAAAUGACAUUGUUCAAAGUUAUUAUGGUCAAAUAUUGUGAAAUUAUUUGUUCAACAUCCAUAUAUCACAACAACAAAACAUGUACCAGUUACAACACAUACUCGGUUUCUAUAAGGUAUACAAACUCUAUAUAUAACUACACAUAUCAAUGAUGAUCACAUAUAAAUAUAUCCCAAAACAACGUAAAUGUACACCAAGAAUAGAAAACAGGUCAAUCUCGCCCCGUAUAUAUCAUAGAUUUCGUCCAGCAUAAUAUUCUCUAAUUUCACGAUUAUACUUCUUUACUUAUCAUACAAAGAAAAACAAUUGCUUUAUUUAAUAUUGGAGAAAAAAUAAUAAAGAAGUAUGAAUGAUUAACGAUCCUGAUCAUUGGAUCAACGUUUUAUAUAUAUGCAUGCUUUUUAAUGUGGUAACGUUCAUUUAUCUAUAAACCUUUCUCACAAAGCUUCUGUAGUUAAGCAUUAACAUGUGUUUUGCUAUUGACCUUCUUGUAAACGUAUUUAUUUAAACCGUUUUUUAACUUUGAUAGUGGUCAAACCUGUAACAUCUGUGCCGUGUGGCCACUACAGACCACUUACACUACCGGUACGGAAGGUCUCCAUCUAUCAGGGUUCGCUUACCUAAUGUAAUUGAUGCGAUAUCGAUUAGUGUCAACUAUUCAACAUCGAGUUAAACCUGUUCGAACGGGGUAUGGAUUAGACAGUGUAAUACACAAACAGAUUUACCAGUCAAGAAAUAAAACCUAAUUAAAUUUAUAUUUUUAUAUAUUUAUAUAUUUCCUAUCAAAAGCAGCAAAUCAUGUACAUAUUUCCAAUACAGAGAGUGUAGUACGGGUAUAAACCGCACAUCCAAUCAACACACACUCUUCUUUCUAGCAUUUAAUCUAUACGUACAAAGAACGUUAUAAAACGGUUGUGGUAUCGCUUUAAAAUUGUUAUUAAUCCUUAACAAACAAUUGAAACGUGACGAUAAUGGGGUCCUCAUACUUAUUUAAAUACAAAUAGGUUAGACAAUAAAUGAGUUACCGCCCUUACCUGAAAGCAUUGAUUUAUUGACAGAACUUGUUCUUCAACAAACACAAUAUGUACAUUCUUAAGCAUGCCUAAUUAGUGUAGCAAAUUAGGUAGUAUUUAUCUUUUAAUAGGCGAUGAUAAAACUAAUCCAUCACCUCAAUUAUCUUUUGUACAAAAAUAACCUAACCUUCGUUAUCUAUUUCUGACAUGAAAGAUUUACUUUAUAAAUAGCCAAUAAUUAUAAGAUUUAAGAUUAAUAUUCAUUAUUGUAUGAAUUUAUAAGCGACAUGUUAAACACUGAAAUAAAAGGGAAAAAUUGAAAGUAUGGAUAUUUUGAUACAUCCCUUAUAAUUCUGCAACUUGAAAGAUUGUUUGGCCCACAAAAAGAUGUUUGCAAUACUGAUGUUUAUAUAUAUUUCUUUGUUUUAUUGGUACUCUCGUAUUCAAAAUUUCCAAUUUAGUUAAAAAGUUUUACGACACCAAUAUCUUCACUUAUUAUAUCAUCAUGUUUUAUCCAUACCAACACUUAGUCCGAAUUAUUUUGACGUUUUAUCGACUUUUUUUGUGUGAAAGUGACGAUUUGUUUCUAAAAUAUCAGUUUGAAGUGCGCUCCGAG